UUAAACCAUCAAAACUGCAUGCAUAUUUCCUCUUCAAUAUUAGUCGGCGAGCUUUACGUGUGUAUAUUAUACAAACAUCAAUUUAUCGAAAUACGUGUUUGAGUGAGCUGUGUAUGUAUAUCGCGAAUAAUGAGUAGUGACAGUAGUAAAGUUUCAAAUGCCCUUGGAGGCAAGAGUGCAAGGGCAUGCGACAGCUGUUUGGUGAAGAGGGCUCGUUGGUUUUGUGCAGCUGACGAUGCUUUUCUUUGCCAAUCGUGCGAUGCUUCUGUGCAUUCGGCCAAUCAGUUGGCUAGUCGACACGACAGGGUUCGCCUUGACAAAACCUCUAAUGCUUCACCACCUGCAAAUGCGCCAGCCUGGCAGCAAGGCUUCACUACACGAAAGGCCAGAACCCCUAGACAUGGGAAGCCGACGACGAAACGUCUGCUUCAUGAAUAUCCACCGGCCAAUCAGCUGCUUCCACCUGUCCCGGAGAUUGACGCUCACGAAGACCCUUUUGCGGAGGAGGACAACGAAGGAGGCCAGUUUCUACUCUAUAGGGUUCCGGUUUUCGACCCUUUUGGCCAAGACUUCUUUAAUGAAGAAGAUGCUAAUAAUAUGCUUCCGGAGCACGAGGAUGAUGCUGAAGGGUGUCUUGAUUUGAAUCUUGCAGAGCUUUUGGGUAGCUGCGACGAGGAUCUGUUUGCAGCCGAUGUUGACAGUUUACUAAUUGAUGAAGAGGAUUGUUCUAAUAUUAAUAUUGGUCUAUUUGAUCAUCAGGAUGAUCAAAACAAGGGCAUUAUUAUUAAUGAUGAAUUCGUAGAUGGCGCAAAAAGAAUGAAGGUUGAAGAUGAUGUCAUAGCAGCAUGUAAUAAUUACGAGGCGGGAGAAAAGACAAAAUCUGAGGAGGAAGACAUGAGCAGCAGAAGUGAAUCACAUAAUAAUAAUAAUAUGUUUCUAAGGCUAAAUUAUGAAGCAGUAAUCGCUGCUUGGGCUACAAAAGGUUGCCCAUGGACAAACGGAACUCCACCGCAGUUCGACAAUCUUGAUCAAUUCAUGGAUGAAUGGUCGGGAGGAAGCUCGGAAUGGUGUGGAGGAAGAAUAGGAGGGAAUAAUAAUAAUAAUAAUAAUAAUAACAAUGAUGCAGAAAGAGAAGCAAGAGUGUUGAGAUAUAAAGAAAAGAGAAGGACAAGGUUGUUUUCUAAGAAGAUUCGUUACCAAGUUAGGAAGUUAAAUGCAGAGAACAGACCAAGAAUGAAGGGUCGUUUUGUUAAGAGGCCAACCGCCUUUUCUGCUUCUAAUAAUUCCUUACCUUAUAACUUGUUACAUCAAUAAAUUGAACAUGCAUGUAUGUAUAAUGUCUGUACGUUCCAGAAUAUAUAGCAGACAAUUGCAUGCAUGUCUGUAUAUUGCAGAUUGGAUUGAUAAUGUACUAUGGUCGUUUGGAA